UGGACUCAGAGCUCAAGUCUGAACUCUACCUCCAGACAGGAUGAAUUUCAUCUUGGCAUCUCUGCUUCUUAUGCUGUUGGUCAGCAGCCUUUCCCCAGUUCAAGAUAGACAUCCAGUUGAAGUAGUAUUCUGGAGGUCCAUAACAGAGACCUCAGCCGUUAUCCCCCCAAACCUCAUUGAUCGAAUUCAAAUCUUGCCCCGUGGGCAUGGUUGUCCAAGGAAAGAAAUCAUAAUCUGGAAGAAGAACAAGUCAGUUGUGUGCCUGAACCCUCAAGCUAAAUGGAUACAAAAAAUAAUGAAAGUAUUGAAAAAAAAAAAGAAUUCCAACUCUACCACUUCCAGUGUUUAAGGAAAGAUUCCCUGAUGGUGAUAUUUCCACUAAGAAGAUCUGCAUUCUUCCCUUAUCCCUGCUCUGGAUUUUAGUUUUGUGCUUAGUUGAAUCUUUUCCAGGAAAAAGAACUUCCCCAUACAAAUGACCAUGAGACUAUCUGCAAAAAUAACCUUUAGAAACUGACGGGGCAGACUCGAGCUUCUUUACUCACAGCACCCUAUGUACUUGGAGUUUGCAUUCUUACCCAUUAGGGAGGAAAGUUUAUUUGAAAAUAAUCAUUCAGUUGUAAAUAAUAUAGGGUAAUUUUGAUAAAAAUACUUGUUGUUUAAUGUUAAAAAUUUCUUAGAAAAUAAUGCAAUGAGAA